AUGGAAGCUCUAGCAUUAGCGUUCUCCUGGUUGCGACGCGCUCCAGCACAGGCAAGCACGCAGGCAAGCACACAGGCAACAGGGUUGAAGGCCCUCCUCCUUGAGACUCCUGCCGCAACAGCGAACAAGAAAGCGGAGGAUUUCCCAGCGCAGCUCGAGGCAGUGAUCGCCAGCAGUGACCCAGCAUCAAGUGUUCCCGAGUAUGGUGCACCUGUACUCGAAGAGGAUGACGAGCAUGACUUGCAAGAGGUAACUCCAGAUGUAGCUAAUCUUCUCUUGCAGCCCGUUACUCCAAUCGAGCUGGAGGAUUCGUCCUCGCCAGCACCACCCUCGCAGCUCGAGGCAGUUAUCGCCAGCAGUCACGCGACAGCGUCAAGUGUUCCCGAGUAUGAUCCACCACCAUUACCUGUACUCGAGGAUGACAACCAUGAUUCGCAAGAGCUAAAGGCGGUCAUGGUUGGCGCUGUGGAUUCAGUUCGGUAUACUUCUCUUGGUGGCAAGACGCUUGCGAUUGACGACGACGACGACAACCUGAGCUGGGAGGAUAUCCAGAGCUACUUUCGGACCUGGACAUUCCCGUCGGUGCAGCUACCGUCCAGAGCCGAAAUGCAUCCGGAGGUGGAGGAACUUAAGAAGCUAGUUGGAGAGUGGACUUGGAAGCUACCGACCACUCUUCAGUCGAUAAAAGAAGAAAUGUGGAGUAGGCUUUUGAACGCGGGCUUGGAGGAGGACGAGGUGACGUCCCAGGAAUUAUGGGAAGAACUCAAAAACUUCCUGGGGUGGCAUCGAUUCCCAGUUAUCAGUUCCCGACGGAUGCUUCUGGAAGCAGCGCCAGGUCCUCCUAUCUUCGUCUCCAACGAGAAUGGACCUUCUCUGUUCCGCUUCAUAGCUCCACUGCGACCACAACAAGAUGGAGAACAAGCUUCAGUCUUUUGGCAGAGGUUGAGAGGCGAUGGCACCAGCAGCGUGAGAAAGCACAGGAGGCCUCCAGACAAGAAUAGUGAAGGACAAGAGCUUGUGGCAGCAAUGGCCGAGGAGUCAUCCCACAAGGUGCUAAAGUCUCAUGCAGCAGCAGGAUCUCGAAAGUUGUUGAGGCAAGCUGAUGUUUCAUCGACACCCGCUUCAGUCUUUUGGCGGAGCUUGCGAGGUGAUGGUGUGGGAUUGCACAGGAGGCUUCCAUACAAGAAUAGUGAAGAACUUGCAGCAGCAAUGGCCGAGGAGUCAUCCUACAAGGUGCUAAAGUCCCAUGCAGCGACAGGAUUUCCAUCUCAGAAGUUACUGGCUGGCGGCACUGGUGACACUAAGGAGGCUAGCAGCAAUGCUUCACCACCACCAGCAUCGCCACCAUCUUUUAUGUGGCGGUGGUUCCCUCGAAGCUUGGGCGAGGAUGGUGGGAAGGCCAAGAGGAUCAACACUGAAACGUUUCAAGAAGCUGAAGAGACUCCGAUAUCGAGCUCUCAGAGUUUAGUGUAUGACGUCGGGGUGAGCAGCAGCAGUGCCAGUGCCAGUGAUUUCAUCGAGUUAUUUGAAGGAGAAGGCAUUAGCAGCAGUGAUGCCUUUCUGAACUCGCUGCUCGAAGGCGAAGGUGGCGGCAGCAGCAGCAAUGCGUAUCUUCAGCUGGCUUCCUCCAAUGAUCUCAACUUGCAAGCGACGGCUGUGGCGGCAACCCCGCUGCUUCUUCCAAUCCUUGCCGGGCUGCUGUUUGCGCUGCUCUUCCUCUUCUUCCUCUACGUCCUCUCGGUGAUCAGGAGGAGGUGGGGGAGGAGGAAGAGAGAGCUCCUGCCUCACUGAGUUCCAGCUUUCGAUGCAAAUGCAUCAGGAUGUGCAGUGGACGGGAUCAAGUUGUCGCAGGCAUGGCUAGGUACUUGGAUCAAAACUUGAAGGCGGUGGCUUAACACUCCGUGAUGAUCCCCGUCGGGAGUGAUAGAACUUCGGUGGCAGAUUUUCAUCGGCUGGAGAGAAGGUGGCUCUAACGUCAUCAAGGCAAGAAGUGAGCGGAGAUAUCUUACAAAACAGAGGUUGCUCGGGUCAUACACAACUUUCUACACCAAUUGAUGGUGUAAGUGCAAGCUAGGAAGGAAGAUCAUAUAAGUGUUUGUAGCAUUUAAACUUUGCUGAUUCAGAAAAACAGUUAUUUGUUUUCUUCGAGGCUUGGUGGGAAACAAAAAACGUUGCCAAGACUAGAAGUAACACUA